UCUUUCGACCGCAGCAACAGUUAGUCAGCCACCUCCGUAGCUUGCUAGACAAAAUAGCAGAACCAAUAAAGCUCUUUAGACGCUUUAGUGUAUAUUAGCCACUGUGCUUUAAACCCACUUCUGUCGUCUAGUUUGUUAUCCGAUUUAAUUUCAUAUUUACGAUGCUGUUGUUUUUAGUCAUCUAGCGGGCUGGUUAAGUUAGCAUUAGCCUAGCUAGCUAACAUCCCGACCAUGAGUUCACUAAGCUACUCUCCUCCUGCUGAAGAAGAUGAGGUCUGCUGGACGGAGAAGGAGGCUCUCGUGAAAGAGGAGGAGGAAGAGAAGGAUAUUACAAUACGAAAACAAGUAGAGGGUGAGUCUGUUACAAUUAAAGAAGAAGAGAAAUACAUUUCAGUUAAAGAAGAGGAAGACGCGUUCAGAGUGAAAGAGGAAGUUACAGUAAAGGAAGAGGCGUUCAGAGUGACAGUUAAAGAAGAGCAAGACGUGUUCAGAGUGAAGGAGGAGGAGGAUGCAGUUUUUGGAGUGAAAGAGGAAGAGGGAGAGAUGACUGUCACAUUGAAGAAGGAAGAAGAGGAGGAAACUGGAUAUCUGGGCCCGGUUUCCCAAACGCAUCUUAAGGCAUCCAAUGGUUCUAAUGAUGAACUUGCACUGAUUAACACUCGAGAGAGAUGUGACUAUCGUGGAUCCUCUGUGGAGCCUCAACAACAUAAUGAUGCUGACGAGGCAGAGAAGAGUCUCUCCACAACAGAACACCUAAAGAAAAACCAGCGGAGACCCACAGGAAAGAAACCUCAUUGCUGCUCUGAUUGUGGGAAACAUUGCAAAUAUUCAUCAGACCUUAAAAUACACCAGCGUGUACACACAGGAGAGAAAUCUCACCACUGUUCAGAUUGUUCAACAUCACAGAUUUUGAAGCUGCAGCAGAGAACACACACAGGAGAGAAAUCUCAUAGUUGUAAUCAAUGUGGGAAGAGUUAUUUAAGGUUAAAAUCACUAAAAGUACACAUGAGAAUUCACACUGGAGAGAAACCUUAUAGCUGUGAUCAAUGUGGAAAGAGUUUUGUUCAAUCUAGCGAUCUGACAGUACACCAGAGAACACACACUGGAGAGAAACCUUUUAGCUGUGAUCAAUGUGGGAAGAGUUUUAUUGCAUCUAGCAAUCUGACUAUACACCAGCGGACACACACAGGAGAGAAGCCUUAUAGCUGUAAUCAAUGUGGGAAGAGUUUUAUUACAUCUAGCCAGCUGACUUCACACCAGCGAGUACACACAGGAGAGAAAUUUUACCACUGUUCAAAUUGUUGGAAAAGCUUUUCAACGUCACAGACGUUGAAGCUGCACCAGAAAACACACACAGGUGAGAAACCGUACAGCUGUGAUCAGUGUGGGAAGAGUUUUAUUACAUCUGGCAAUCUGACUAUACACCAGCGGACACACACAGGAGAGAAACCUUAUAGCUGUAAUGAAUGUGGGAAGAAUUUUAAUACAUCUAGUCAUCUGACUACACACCAGAGAGUACACACAGGAGACAAACCGUAUAGCUGUGAUGAAUGUGAGAGGAGUUAUACUGCAUCUAGCCAUCUGACCAGACACCAGCGAGUACACACAGGAGAGAAACCUUAUAGCUGUGAUCAAUGUGGGAAGAGUUUUACUACAUCUAGUGAUCUGAAGGUACACAAGAGAACACACACAGGAGAGAAACCUUAUAGCUGUGAUCAGUGUGAAAAGAGAUACACUCGUAAAAGAUUUCUGAUCAAACAUCAGAAAAUACAUACAUGAAGGAGUUAUUUGGUGAGAUCAAUGAAAUAACAAUUUAGAAUGUUUUUAACAUUGUGUUUGGAGUUUAAGUCAUUUCACAAUGUAGAACCCUAAACGUUUGCCCCAUUCAAUAUAUUUCAGCAUGAUAGGGAUAUUAGCCUAGGGAAAAAUCCAGGCUCUGAAAUGGAAGAGUACUAUUUAUGUGAUUUAACAAAAAGUGAGUUACACUUAUCACGUUGGUGACCCACUUGAAUCAAAAUGGAACACUUCAAAAUGUAGCUAGCUGUUUACCACGUUGGUGACCCACUUGAAUCAAAAUGCAACUCUUCAAAAUGUAGUUAGCUGUUUACCACGUUGGUGACCCACUUGAAUCAAAAUGCAACACUUCAAACUGUAGCUAGCUGUUAUCUUCAAAUUGUCCUCUAACCAGUGAUGUACACAUUAUUCCCAGAUUCCGUGUCGUUUUUGAGCUGUUAGUUUUAACAGGGUGUGCAACCUCAUCUCCCUCCUCUCGCACAAUUGAUUUGAACAUGAUAUCGAUGAGUGAUGACAAAUAAGUGUUGCGUUCCAUUGUUUAGCGACCCCUACAUUUAAAUGCAUCACUCCAAAAUGUAGCUGACUGUCAUGUUUUAUAAUUCCAUGCAUCACCAUUAAGUGAAUUGUUGCCAACUCAAAAUUAACAAAGGGGUGUACAUUUGGUUUUGAUAUUUCAUAUUUACAAUUCAUGUAACAUUUAGUAAUCAUCAUUAUUUAUGCAACCAACUGAUAAUUUUCGGGUAUAAUUAUAUUGACAUUGUUGCCCUGCUUUUAUAAUUUCAGGGUUAAUUCUCACACGUGCCAACCCAAAUGUACUAGAGCAGGGGUGUCAAACUAAUUCCACGGAGGGCCUAGUGUCUGCAGGUUUUUGGUUCUUCCUUUCAAUUAAGACCUAGACAACCAGGUGAGGGGAGUUCCUUGCUAAUUAGUGACCUUAAUUCAUCAAUCAAGUCCAAGGUGGAGCAAAAACUCGCAAACACUCUGCCCUCCGUGGAAUGACUUCGACACGUGUGUACUAGAGCAUGAUAUUGUGGACUAGGCCCUGAUCCAACAACAUGCCUACCGAGUGAACCCUGAAAAGAGAGAACUCCGCAGUGAGGUGGAAAGUUACUACGGAUAUUGCAGGAGUUUCCUCUUGAAAUCAGACAUAUCCGUGGUAAGGACAACUUGGUUGCUGAUUGUCUCAAGGGUGGGCAUUCAAAAAGAUUUGUGUUUUGCGUUUAGCCAGUGCGUUACCAUGGAUGCCAAUUGAUUUUGACUGCACUUUUUCUGUAUUGGAGAUUAGUUUUGUUUGGGCUCGUUUCAAGGGGACGAGAGCUCUAGAAGCAAGCCAUUACAUUGUAGAAAAAUAUAUUUAGAAAUACAUGUUUUUUAAAAAUAUAUAUAUUUUUAUUGUUGUCAGCCAGGUGUUACAGGCUUUGGUUUUUGCAUUUAUGUUUUAAAGUUGGACUUUAGCACGUAUAGCUCGUUAGCACGUAGGGGGCACUGAUUGGUGUCACCUCGUUAGUCAGUAUGUGUUAAACCUGUGCUGUCUUGUCCAUCUCGUUAGUGGGAAGGUGUUUCACCUGAGCUCCUCCAGGUGUAUUUAAGAGUGUCUGGCCCAGUGCUCCAGUCGUCUUGAUAGAUGUGGACAGUCAACCCUUUUAGUUGCGCUACCCUUUUGGUUUGCUUCCUGUCUUUAAGUUUGGUGUGGGUUUUUAUUUUGUUUGCCUCUUGAGCAGAUUUAGUGGGUCUCAUGGUGGGUGUCUUUUAGGUCUAGUCAACUUCCAGUGGACACCUCCAUAUUGUCUUUCAGACCCCCUCCUAAAAAACAAGCCUAUAUUUUGGAUUGGAUAUUGCAUCCAAUUAAUAUUUUAAUCAAUGCUCAUUAGUCUUUCAGUUUAGUCUUAUGUUUGUAUACUAAAUAUUUGUUUAUUUUCAGUUUUUUCCUAUGAAGCCUUUGUGUUGCAUGCAUGUCUGAAAUGUACUCUAUAAAUAAAGCUUGAUUUGAUUUGAA